UUCACAUACCCACGAUUACAGUGCCCUCUAUCCGUGACCACCCACUUUGUAUUGAAAGCAUAGGGCUAAUAGCAGUCCAUGUGCUAUAUGGUCUAAGCUUAGAACACACAAAAACUCAGAACUAAAUACAGUGAUAAGAAAGUGAUUAAAUUUUACAAUUCAACAUGUCAAAGAAAGCCAAGAUUUUUUGAGGAAUCUUUUUAAAUCGACCCUCCUAGUUCGAAAAGCAAAGUAUAGGUUUAUUAUCGUUCAUCGUAUGUUAUCAUCUUUUAUCAUACAAUUCUUAGAGGGAAGUCCAUAGUCCAAGGUACAAUUACGAUAAUUAUCGUACGUUUGUUAACAGUGCUGUCACUCCUGUAUCUACUGUGUAGGAGAUUGAUGCGAUAUGCGAAAUUGUUGUGAAUAUACUUAAGUAUAUAUUUUGCUGUGAUUUAGAGUCAAUUGAGACUUUGCUGCUUCAAAUUAUUGAAGGAAAUUAAUAUUGUUGAAAUUCGGUUUUACGCUUUCCGAAAUUCAAGAUAAAAUUGAGGAAGCUGUAUCUCAUUUGCUGGAUUUUUCACAUUGAAACAAAACGGAACGCCUUAUUUUAUCCUGUACUAGUAUUCCUAGAAUUUCUUAUCAUACCAAUUUUAUCACAAGUGGGUACAUUCCUCUUAAAGGCGUGAAGUAAGUAUUAACGUAAUUUCGACCACCAGAUUAGAAAAAAAAGGAAAUACGCAUUAAAAUCAAUGUUUGAUCAUGGGUGCUACUAAUUCUGACCUAAACCUAUUAAAAAACAGCAGAGAUCAGUUAACAGCAGAGUUAGCUCGUUUUGAACAGCAUUUAAACACAUUUUCUCCUGAACAAGGUGAUGUAGAACUUCUCAAAAUAAGACUGGAAAAAAUUGAGCCUACCUUAGAGAAGUUUAAAGAUAUACAAAAUGGCAUAGAAAAAUUAUUAAUUAGUGAUUCGUCUCUUGGUAAUGCAACGGGCGAUGAACGUGCGGUUUUUGAAGAGCGGUAUUAUGAUGUGAUUGCACGUGGUAGGAAAAUUCUUCAACAAAAAACUAUAAAAGAACCCUCGACCUUGACACCAGAAGACACCAGUUCAAAUGAUACAUCUACUACAUCUUGUAUCACUAUUUCACAAGUUCCCCGGUUGCUGCAAUUUUCUGGUGCUUAUCGCGACUGGCAACGUUUUCAUGACGAGUUUAUGACUACAGUUUACAGUAAUAAUUCGCUAAGCAAUACUGACAAAUUCGAUUGCCUUAAAAACUGUUUGACAGGGGAACUCUCUGAGAUUGUUGCUUCAUUACCAGACGCGCAAGCAAAUUUCACGACAGUCUGGGAAAUAUUAAAAGCCCGAUUUGAAAAUAGAAAAAUGAUUGUUAAUUUACAUCUUAAAGAAAUUGUAGACCUGCCAGUCCUGUCAAAAGAAUCACAUACUUCUAUAAAACACCUUCAUAACACAUUUCUAAAAAAUGUUAGCGCUUUGGAAAGUCUCGGCGAAAACGUCAAAGACUGGGACACUAUCUUAAUUUAUCUAGUAAUUAGCAAGUUAGAUUUUAAUUCCAGGCGAUUAUGGGAGAGCCUCGGUAAAGAUAUAAGGUUUCUCAAAGUAAGCCACUUGAACAUAUUUUUGACCAACCGAUAUCGUGCUCUAGAAACCAAAUUUAGAAAUUCAAAUCAACGGGAUACACAAGAUGCUCGGGGUCCUGGAACUUCUGGCCUCCGUAAUCCUACGUGCACGUUCUGCAAAGGAAGUCAUAUUAUUUUUGCUUGCCAACAAUUUAAGGAUUUGUCGGUCGAUUCACGAUUACAGCAUGUAAUUGAAUUGAAAAUAUGUACUAAUUGUUUAAGAUCAGGCCAUAAUGUUAGAAACUGCCACGCAAGCAGUCUGUGCAAAAAAUGUGGCGGUAAGCAUGCUACCUUACUACAUCAAUCAGUUGAGCAACGAGAUAGUGAACAACCAAUUCCUCAACCGAUUUCAUAAAUUACUAUUGGAAAUUAAAUAGCUAAGGAUUCGUGACUGUUUGGUUUUUUGUAUUAUUUAUAUAAGCAACUCGUUUAUUGAUAUCUAAUGAUAGAAAUAAGUAGCGCAUUUUAAGCAAAUUUAUUAGCAUAUGCAUAACCGAGUUUUAAACUUAUAGUAUGCCACUGGUAGAUGUCUAUGAAUAAAAUUAUUCUACGCCUAAUUUAAACAAACUAUAGGUACCUUUAAUUUGAGGUAAACAUAUCCGCGGUUUAAAAAAAGGCCUGAAAAUGAAAUUAAAAAACAACACCGGAUUUGUCAAUUAAACUAUUCCCUAGCCAAAUAUAACAUUAGUAGUGCAUAAUUGGUAUGGUAAAUAUUUUGAGGAACAUUGUUUUCGUUCAAAAUGUACGGUAGUAAAUCUGUCUUAAACAAUAACAAUUGAGUGCUAAAUUUAGUUACUACCAAACGUGCUUUGCUCAGUCUAAAAUUGCCCAGUUUGUAACUUUAAAUAUUCUUUAUGCAUUGGACAAUUUUUUCGAGCCUUAAGAGCCUAUUUCAUUGCAUGCAAUACUAAAUGGUUCUAUCUAUCAAACGGUCAGAAAAAUGUUUCGCUGAAAUACUUUACGAGGAAUUAUACACAUUACUUACACAAAAUUAAGAAGGUUAACCUUCCUUUGUUCUCCAAUCCAAAAUAUUGGCCGAUUCAAUAAUUCGACAUGACUCUCCAUCAACAGCAGGAAGUAUGGUUGACAACUUGCUUACUAUAUCUGAACCAUUAUUUUGGAUGUGUACAUAGGUCGGAAUGUUGGAAGUGGUACUGGGAAUAAACCACAUCCGUGUGAAGUUUAGUCACACUAAGGCCACAAUUUCAGUGGUUUGUUUGGUGCAUAGAGACAAUAAAAUUAAUCAUUGAUGUGUAUAUUGAUUAAUUUCUGAUAAUAUUUAGGUUAUUGUUAGAAUGUAUGUAAUAUGUAGAUUUUAUUUGAUAUUUUUGUAUUCUGUAUGUGCAACUUGCUUUGUUUGUGUUCUGUAGUAAAAAAAACAAUUCCUAUGUAUACCUCUUUAAACAAUCAGAAGGUCAUUUUAUAUAUCCAUGGAUGGGGCCUAUACAAUAAUAAAGCUAUUAUUGUUAAAAUCUGCGAUUUGUGAUACACCUCAGUAUAUUUGGAGUAUAAAUAUGUAUACGUAUCUAAUUUGGGAUGUUUUUGCCAUAUUAAAUAUGUUUUAUUAAAUUUAUAAAUUUGAGUGUUUACUUUUAUCAAUAUCCACCUUGCUUCUGUGAAAGUGAUUGUAUUGCUCUCAGCAUUCAUUUUUGGCAUAGAAAAUAAUAGAGAACUUUAAUGUAAGUGAUUUGAUGAAUUUUACAUAUGUAGAUGAAAAAAGACUAU